CAAACCGCGAGUCCUCUUUCUCCCCCACGGCAGAAUUCCGUUUCCGGCCGCCUCCUAUACAUAGGCAGCCAGCCUUUCAUUCACCCUCUCCCCUCCCCCCAGGCACCCCCCACACAGCCCAGCAAGCCGCGCGCGGAGGUGGGGCGAUCGCACACCUCGCCGCGCGUCCUUCGCCUCCCUCCGUUGCGCCCGCCAACGGUCGCGCGUUUCCGGGGGGCAGAGAGAGAGAGAGAGAGGGAGGGAGGAGGAAGGGAGAGGACGGGACAGGAUGCUCGGGUUCAGGCAGAUGGCGUGGUCGUCGUCGGCGCAGGCGCAGGCGCCGUCGGAGCAGCUUUGCGAAGGGGCGGCGGCCGUCGUGGCAGCGCGCCAGGGGAUGGAGACGCCGCUGACGGCGGUGGCCGAGGCGUUCGAGGAGCUGGCGCGCGGGAUGGAGGCCGACGGCGGGGAGCUCCGCCUCGCGCCCUUCAGCGACACCUGUGCCCUCGUCUCCGUGCUCUUCAGCAGCCUCGGGAUGGCCUUCAGGUUCGCCGAGAUCGAGUACGUCACCAAGGUGAACGAUCUCAUCGGCGCCGGCAAGUCGUACCGCACGCUGAGCGACAUCCUCGACAAGGACAUCCAGAAUGACUGCGUGAAGAAGCAGGGGAGCCACUCCCGGAACCUGCGCAGGGUCCGCCUCGGCCUCGGCCUCAUCAAGGCCCUCUUCGAGCAGUUCCUCGCCACCGAGGGUUCAUUGUAUGAUGCUGCUACGACAGCUUACGGGCAGGUCUGCGCGCCGUUUCAUAGCUGGGCAAUCAGGAAGGCUGUUGGUGCUGGCAUGUACACCCUUCCAACCAGGGAGCAGUUGAUAGUGCGGCUGAACGAAACUGAUUUCUCGGUGCAGAAGGAGAUGAGGAGAUACAUUGAUGCUUCUAGUCCUAUCAUAGAGUACAUCGAUAACCUUUUCCUCUCGAGGAACAUUAGCCUAGAUUGGUGAACUGAUCUGAACUGGACUGAAGAUCAAGUCUGCAGCUUGUUCACAAGCUGUUGUUGGUGCCAUCGAUUUAUUCUGUUGGUAGUUACUUAUUAUUCAGCCUUGUUGGGUGGUGGAUGGAUGCUCCCUUUUCUUCCUUUGUUGCACGCACGGUCUCGUGCAUGUGUUGUACAACUGCAUGAUAAUUCUAGCAUGGCCAUUGAUAUUCUUGCCGCCUGUCCAUAUAGAAAUUGAUGGAUAAUGCAAUCGACUAUUGAGAUAUGCAAGAGUUCUCUCCCUAA